AUGCAAAACGUUAACGCUCCACGGGAGCCUGCUCCCGUGUUGAGCACAAGUUCAACUAUUCUCAAUAUGAGAGAAAAAGAGAAAUAUAUUGAAGAAUUUGACUUUCCUUUCUGUGAUGAGUCUUCUAAGUAUGAAAAAGUUGCCAAGAUCGGUCAAGGAACCUUCGGAGAAGUGUUCAAAGCGCGAGCUAGAAACAGUAGUAAAAAAUUUGUUGCAAUGAAAAAGGUUUUAAUGGAUAACGAAAAAGAAGGUUUUCCCAUCACGGCACUGCGAGAAAUUAAGAUAUUACAGCUUCUAAAACACGAAAAUGUCGUAAAUCUUAUUGAAAUAUGCAGAACUAAGGCUACUUUACACAAUAAAUAUAGGUCAACAUUCUACUUAGUUUUCGACUUCUGUGAACACGAUUUGGCAGGUUUAUUGUCGAAUGUAAACGUAAAAUUUAGUUUAGGUGAGAUCAAGAAAGUUAUGCAGCAAUUAUUGAAUGGGUUAUAUUACAUUCAUAGCAAUAAAAUAUUGCAUCGAGAUAUGAAAGCUGCAAAUGUACUUAUUACUAAGAAUGGAAUAUUGAAACUUGCCGAUUUUGGUUUAGCAAGAGCAUUUAGUGUUGCUAAGUCAGGACAAGCCAAUAAAUACACUAACAGGGUGGUCACAUUAUGGUAUCGCCCCCCAGAAUUGUUAUUAGGUGAUCGUAAUUAUGGACCACCAGUAGAUAUGUGGGGAGCAGGCUGCAUUAUGGCCGAGAUGUGGACCAGGUCUCCAAUUAUGCAGGGUCCCACAGAGCAGCAACAAUUAAUACUAAUAUCCCAGCUCUGUGGGUCAUGUACUCCAGAUGUAUGGCCAGGAGUGGAAAGUUUAGACCUAUACAAUAAGAUGGAGUUGCCAAAGGGACAAAAGAGGAAGGUUAAGGAAAGACUAAAGCCAUAUGUCAAAGACCCGUAUGGUUGUGAUUUACUUGACAAGCUGCUGCAACUAGACCCGGCGAAGAGAUAUGACGCAGACACAGCACUCAACCAUGACUUCUUUUGGACUGACCCGAUGCCCUGUGACUUGGCUAACAUGUUGGCCCAACAUACGCAGAGUAUGUUUGAGUACCUGGCGCCACCACGUCGUCCAGGUCAUCUCCGACAUCACCAUCAUGUGCCUGGAGCUCAGGCCAAGCCCAACCCACCACCCCAAGACUCGGGAUACCAGGAUAGAGUGUUUUAG